GCUCAGGGCUAAUCUUCCUCAAAAAAAGAAAAAGGAAAAAAAAAGAAAGGCCAACUAUGAACCUGGUCUCAUGACUCCCAGGCCCAGUGCUGUUUGCUGAGCCAUAGUUUCUACCUUCUUUUCCCUAAUCCCUGUUUCCAGGGACAGCCAUUCUAAACCUCGUGGGCUGGAGCAUUCAGAUUUCCCCUUAGGAAGUUCUCCUUGUUAGCUCGAGAGCUGUGGAAUUGGUGGUUACCUCCUGGCAUUUGUGUGGAAAUGAUGGUAAGAGCCUGCCCUCAUUUGUUGAGCUCUCCUUCUGGUUUCUGUGCAUAAUGCUACAACCUUUGGAAAAGUAAUCUACUGUAGUUUUAAAAUGCGUUUGCCUUUUUAUGUAAGCAGUCUGAAUUUUGGUAGCCUGUCCUAAAGAAGUGCAACUACAGGAUGUAAGGCUUUGUGUGCAAAGAUUUUGUGGCAGAGACCACACUGUCUCCUUUCAGUUCCUUGUUCUUCCCCUCCUCAGGGCAUUUUCACGUCCUGUCCCCUCUGCUUGCCAUGCUUUUUCACAUGGCUGAAACCUUCCUGUUUUUCAGAUAUAUGGCAUAGGCCUUCUGUGACUGUCUUAUCUAAAAUAUGUCCUUUUCCUACCUUCCUCAUUUUCUAUCUCAGCAUCUCAGCCCCUUGCAACCCACAUCACAAUGUAUACAGUGUGUCAUUAUUGUAUUUCUUUGUGGACUCCCUCCGUCCCUCCCUCUCCUUUUCUCUCUUUUGUUAGAAUGUCUGCUCCACAGGCCCAGGACCUGCCAAUCUGGUUGACAUGGUUGAUACUUAGUAGCUAUGUGUUGAGCAAAUAGUGAUACAAUGGAAUGGCCACUAUUGAACAGACAGGGGUGGAGUUAUAUGGAAUUAACUGGGAGGGGUGUUUGUGGUGUUCUGUUAAGGGAAAAAAGCUUAUUGUAGAAGGAAGCUUAGGGAUAGGCUUGGAGGGGGAUUGGAAGGGCAUAAAUAUUUUCUUUAUAUGUCAUUGUUUGACUUGUGACAGUAAGUACACCUUUUGUUAUAAAAUAUGUGGUCAACCAAAAAGUCAAAAAAAACAAAAAAUCAUAUCCAGUGAGAGGGAGCAUCAGGAUUUGAACCUGGUCCUUCUGACUCCCAGCCCAUGUUCUUACCCAACACCCAACACUUCCCAUGGCCUUUCCAUGUCCAGCUUCACUCUCACCUCAUUGUAGUCAUCGGAGGAAGGCAAAGGAUGGGUUAUUAGCUGUUUGUAUUUGUUUUGUAAAUUGAGAUAUAAUUUGCAGACAGUAAAUCAGGGCAUGGUCUGAUGAAUUGUUGCGGAUCUAUCACCUGUGUAACCCAUACCCAGAUCAAGAUACAGAGCAUUUCCAGGGCCUGGAAGGGUCCCUGGGGCCCCUUCCUGACCCUCCCACACUCUCAAGUGGCCACGCCUCUGAGUGCCUUCCCAAGGAUCAGUCUUGCUUGUUGUUGAACUUUAUGUAAGUGGAAUGAUACAAUAUGAGCUGUUUUUAUAUGGCUUCUUUCUCUCAGUGUAAACCCUGUAGGAUUCACUCAUGAUGCGCGGGUCUCAGCAGUUUGUUCUUUUUUAUUGCUCAGUAGUGUUCCGUUGUGUGGUCGUACCACAAUGUGGUCCUUUUUUUCCUGUAGAUGGACUUUUGCCUUGUUUCCAGUUGUUAGAGAUUAUGAAACAAGCUGCCCAACACUCCCCUGUCUUUUUUUUAAUUGUAAAAUAUAGCUACCAUAAAGUCUACCUUUUCAGUGAUUUCAAAUUGUACAGUUCAGUGGCUUUAAGUCCAUUCACACUGUUGUACAACCGUCACCACCGUCCACCUCCAGAACUUUUUCAUCUUCCCAAACGGAAGCUCUGCCCAGUGACCAGUAGCUGCCUGCUUCCCCUCCCCGGCCCUGGCAACCACCGUUCUACUUUCUGUCUCUGUGAAUUGGACUGCUCUGGGUGCCUGCUGUUGUGGGUCCUGAGGCUGCCGGCAGAAUAUGGGUACAACGGCCAGCACGGCCCAGCAGACGGUCUCAGCGGGUGCCCCCUUCGAGGGCCUCCAGGGUGGCAGCACGAUGGAUGGGCGGCACUCUCUCAGUGUCCACUCCUUCCAGACCACGGGCUUGCACAACAGUAAGGCCAAGUCCAUCAUCCCCAACAAGGUGGCCCCCGUCGUGAUCACCUACAACUGCAAGGAGGAGUUUCAGAUCCACGAUGAGCCGCUCAAGGCGCAUUACACCCUGGGCCGGCUCUCGGACACCACGCCCGAGCACUACCUGGUGCAGGGACGCUAUUUCCUGGUGCGGGAUGUUGCUGAAAAGAUGGACGUGCUGGGCACUUUGUGGAGCUGUGGGGCCCCCAACUUCCGGCAGGUGCAGGGUGGGCUAGCCGUGUUCGGCAUGGGACAGCCCAGCCUCUCAGGGUUCAGGCGGGUCCUCCAGAAACUCCAGAAGGAUGGACACAGGGAGUGUGUCAUCUUCUGUGUGCGGGAGGAGCCCGUGCUGUUUCUGCGUGCUGGUGAGGACUUCGUGCCCUACACGCCUCGGGACAAGCAGAACCUUCGCGAGAACCUCCAGGGCCUCGGACCCAGGGUCCGGGCAGAGAGCUUGGAGCUGGCCAUCCGGAAAGAGAUCCAUGACUUUGCCCAGCUGAGUGAGAACACAUACCAUGUGUACCACAACACCGAGGACCUGCAGGGGGAGCCCCACACUGUGGCCGUCCGGGGUGAGGAUGACGUGCAUGUGACUGAGGAGGUGUACAAGCGGCCCCUCUUCCUGCAGCCCACCUACAGGUACCACCGCCUGCCCCUGCCGGAGCAAGGGGCCCCCCUGGAAGCCCAGUUCGAUGCCUUUGUCAGUGUCCUCCGGGAGACCCCCAGCCUGCUGCUGCUCCGUGGUGUCCAUGGGCCUCCCCCUGCUCUCCUCUUCAGCUGCCAGACGGGUGUGGGCAGGACCAACCUGGGCAUGGUCCUGGCUACCCUCAUCCUGUUCCACCACGGCGGGACUGCCUCCAGGCCAGAGCCCGUCCCCUCGCAGACCAAGCCACUGCCCAUGGAGCAACUCCAGGUGAUCCAGAGCUUUCUCCACAUGGUGCCCCAGGGAAGGAAGAUGGUGGAGGAGGUGGACAGAGCCAUCGCCGCCUGUGCAGAGUUGCAUGACCUGAAGGAAGUAGUCUUGGAAAACCAGAGGAAGCUGGAAGGCGUCCGGCAGGAGACCCCCGCAGAGGGAGGUGGCGGCCAGCACGGUGUCCGGCAGAGGGCGCUGCGGAGCCUGGAGCGGUACUUCUACCUGAUCCUGUUUAACUACUAUCUCCACGAGCAGUACCCGCUGGCCUUUGCCCUCAGUUUCAGCCGCUGGCUGUGUGCCCACCCCGAGCUGUACCGCCUGCCUGUGACACUGAGCUCAGCGGGGCCCGUGGUCCUUGGGGACCUCAUCACCGAGGGCUCCCUGGGAGCCGAUGAUCUUGUCUCCCCGGAUGCCCUCAGCACCGUCAGAGAGAUGAAUGUGGCGAACUUUCGGCGGGUGCCCCGUAUGCCCAUCUAUGGCAUGGCCCAGCCCAGCGCCAAGGCCCUGGGGAGUAUCCUGGCCUACCUGACCGACACCAAGAGGAAGCUGCGGCAGGUCGUUUGGGUCAACCUGAGGGAGGAGGCUGUGCUGGAGUGUGACGGCCACACCCACAGCCUGCGGUGGCCUGGGCCCCCCAUGGCUCCUGACCAGCUGGAGAAUCUGGAGACCCAGCUGAAGGCCCACCUGAGCAUGCCUCCCUCAGCCACAGAGGGCCCGCGGGCCCACAGGUUCCAGACGUGCCUCACCACGCAGGAGGUCUUCAGCCAGCACCGCGCGGCCUACCCCAGCCUCACCUACCACCGCAUCCCCGUGCCAGACUUCUGCGCCCCCCGCGAGGAGGAUUUUGACCGGCUGCUGGAGGCCCUGCAGGCUGCCCUCGCCAAGGACGCAGGCACGGGCUUUGUAUUCAGCUGCCUCAGCGGUCAGGGCCGGACCACGACUGCCAUGGUGGUGGCUGUGCUCGCCUUCUGGCACAUCCAGGGCUUCCCCGAGGUGGGCGAGGAGGAGCUCGUGAGCGUGCCUGAUGCCAAGUUCACCAAGGGCGAGUUUGAGGUGGUGAUGAAGGUAGUGCAGCUGCUCCCCGAUGGGCACCGCGUGAAGAAGGAGGUGGAUGCGGCCCUGGACACGGUCAGCGAGACCAUGACACCCAUGCACUACCACCUGCGGGAAAUCAUCAUCUGCACCUACCGCCAGGCGAAGGCUGCGCGGUCGCAGCAGGAGGCCGGGAGGCUGCGCCUGCGGAGCCUGCAGUACCUGGAGCGCUACGUCUGCCUGGUGCUCUUCAACGCUUACCUCCACCUGGAGAAAGCCGGCUCCUGGCAGAGGCCCUUCAGCGCCUGGAUGCGGGAGGUGGCAUCGAAGGCCGGAGUCUAUGAGAUCCUCAACCAGCUGGGCUUCCCUGAGCUCGACGAUGUGGAGGACCAGCCCUUCUCGAGACUGCGCUGCCGGUGGCAGGAGCAGAGCCACAGCCCCGAGCCUUCCGCUGCCGGGGACUUCCUGUAGGACAUGCUCCCCCUGGCCCUGCCCGCUCCUUCCCACAGGACCCCAUGCAGGCUGGAGUGUGUGAGGUGCUCUUCACUGGGAGUGGCCCUGGGACACAAUUCCCCAGCUUCCCAGAGAGACUGGGGUGGGAUCGGGACCCCUGUUUUGAAAGAGCUUUUUAUAGGACAGUCAGCACACAGCCAUGCCUUGGAACUACCCCCCAGGGAGGCCUGGGGUGCGCCUUGCAGACUAGCUGGCCUGGCAUCAGCCCUCCAAGGAGCUCACUCCUCAAGGUGCGAAACCAAGCUGCUGGCCACUUCCGCGCCCUUCCCCCAGUGUGGCUCUGACAGCCAUGGCGCCUGUUGGACCGCACGGCCAGCCUGGUGCCCUUCUCUUUCUUCCCCUGGCUGCUGCUCUCCGGCCAGGCGGCUCUCCUUUGGCUGCCUGAGUGCUGCCCUGGGGCCCCUGGUGUCCUGGGGAGUGGACGGCGCUCUGGGUGGAUUUGUUACUUUGAAGGCAGCUUUACCCAGGUUUCCUGCCUCUCAUGCCCCAUCUCCAACCUGGAGACUCCAGGAAGGACAGCCACAUGGUCCAGUGGGUCCCGUCAAGGCCGCUGCCUUGCCCUCUGUCCCCUCCCCGGGGCUGGCAGGACUGUGGAGGUUUCCAAGGAGCGGGAAACAUCAGAGAUCCCCUCUUGGGGAGGAGAGAGCUUCCAGAAGUGGUGCAGCGCUGUGGAAGAGGCCUGCUCCAUUUCCCCGGAGCCUGGGCUGAGGAGGCCCAAGCCCCCAGCUGCAGGUGCCUCUGCACGUCCUCCCUGCCCCACCAGCCCAUGGUGGCCCCGUGUCCCCACCUGCUGCAGCAGGAGCCCCGAGGAUGGCCCGGCACCCUGAGGGAGCCGUGGAGUGUGUGACGGUGGGCUGAGGAUGGCGUGAGGCAUCUCCUGGAUUCCAGGCCAUCCUUGCUGAGCACUAUCGAGCUGUCUUCCAGUGGCAGCAGCAGGGGCCGAGCGCGGCUGAGUCCGCUCGGGACCAGCUCUGUGCAGACGGCGGGAAGGCUACUGGGAGAGGCGGUGGUGUUGAGUGAGUCUUGCAGCUCUGCCUCUGGGGACUGGUGUCUGCUGAAACCAGGGGCUGAGCAGCGCAGAGGCUGGCCUCUGGCCUGGCUCGUUGGAGGCCUUUCUGGUUGGGCGUAUGCACUUCUGCAGAAAAACAGGCAGGUGUGUCACUGGUCAUGGUAUUUGAAAAGGGGAGAAGAGGCCGAAGUUGUUCCUGUCUACCUAGUAUUGGAAAAUAUUUGACCAUCUUGGCUGAAUUCUUUUGCAAAACUACUGUAUGUCUGUUCACUACCUUCUCAGAUUUGUUGUUGUUCUCGUUUUUAUUUUUGCAUGUAUUAAAAAGUUUUAAUUUCUUUGCAGACAACGUCUAGAUGAAGGAUCAGAGGUCAGGGCUGACUUGGGAGGGCUUUUUCGUAGUCUUAGGGUUGACCCUGACUUUGAGCUGUGCUGCGACCACUGACCGGUCACGUCACCUCUCUGCCUCAGUUUCCCCAUCUGUAAAAUGGGAGAAUAAUACUUGCUUACCUACCUCACAGGGGUGUUGUGAGGAUUCAUUUGUGGGUUUUUUUUUGUACAGAGCUUUUGAGCAUUAAAAAUGGCUAAAUAUGAA